GACGUUCAUCACGGCGUCACAAACCCCUGAAAGAGUUGCCGCAUUAGGCCUUGCCAUUGUCCCAAUAAGGUAAUUAUGGACAACACGGACAUAGCCGGUCACGUCACGCCGCCGACCAUGGCCAUGGCCCGUGUGCAUGUCUCAUUUAGACUCCGCUUAUUCCUGUUUGUGAUCCGACGCGCGCGCCGAUAUAAAGUGGCCGCGGAACCUGAGCGCGUUCCUUUGCGACGACCCGCCUUUGCUUUGCCAGGACCUCUUGGCCCUGCCACUCAUCGCGAUCGACUGACCGGCUAACAAACGCGCUAACCUGAUCACUCGGCCUCCCAGCCACUCAACCCUAGACUCAUCUUUUCCUUGCCACUCACCCACUAUGCUCUUCCUGGAGCACCUAUCCGCGCUCGCAGGACGUCUGACGGAGCGCGAGUUCUAUAGACAGGUUUCUGCAUGGAUCAUCGCGCUCGCCCUGCACGCCAGAAAUGGACGUUACCAACCACCGCCUACCCUUUCCUCGGUGCCAGCGCACGAUCGCCCCACUAGGCCAAAUCCACACCACGGUCGGGCCGACGAACCAUACAUCGUGGUCGAAGAUACCUCAUAUACCCCGCCAGACGACGCACAGUACACGUUCGAUCGGCCCGCCAGAUACCACGAAGCAGAGCCCUUUGCCACGAACGCCAACGCGUCGCUUCUCAAUUCGACUUGUACCGACCUCGUCUGGAUAGGCGAUGUUCCGCCACCGUCCCUUCCUCUACCCGAUCUCUUCCCUGUCAUUGCUCUGCUGCUCCUACUCGGUGUUCUUGUGGGUGCCACAAUGGAGGUGGCAUCGGCACUGCACGAAAUGAGAUACAGUCAUCGCUCUCCGCGACCGACAACGCCACCCUCUUUGCGCGAAACCUCGUUCCUUGUCUUCCUGGCGUUCUACGUUCUCUAUCUAUUCACGCAGCCUGUUUAUGAUCUAUAUAUCGAUGGCGCUGUGGUGUCCAUCUACCACCUUCUCUUGGCUAUCGUUCAGGACGAACUCACUGUCCCCUUGCAAACGUUCCCUUUCCUUGCGCGCGAAGCCUACAAGGCCUCGAAGCUCGUUCUUUCAUGCAUUUGGCGUCCCGACUUGAUCACCAUCCGUGUAGCAUGGGGCGACUCGUGCUAUCUGCUGUUUGCUAUCCCCUCUUGUGCCUUCACCUACGUCGAUGAGCAACACCAAGCAUACCUCAACAGGCUCAUGGAUAUCUGCGACUUCUCUCCGAGAACUUGCAGCUUGAACUGCUCGACAUCAUCGACGCGCACCGAGCGUCCGUUCAUUGCCACACCGUCGAAAAUGAAUCAGGUCGUCACUGCUAUGGAGGAUAGUUACUUCUUCGUCGAUGAAGGGGUCUCGACCUUCGAACGGCCUGGAAGCCCGGCGGAGAGUACCCUGGCGGAUAGCGCUGCUCAGACUGACGGCGAAGACAACCUGUGCUCGGCUUGCCAACGUGUGAUGUCGCACGUCAAGCAAUCUGACGAGAGCUCUGUCAGCGACACCAGCAUGGACAUCGUCGCGCAGAACCACGCCUUUCCCCAGUUCCCUCCAGAAAGCACGACGUACGCUUCCCGCCGCGCAGCCAUCCCCGCCAAACAAGGCCUCCCCCGCGACCUCGUCCCCGACUGCGCCGAGGACGAGCUCAUCUUCACCGACGUCUCCGAGCUGCGCAUCUACCGCGCGGGCUUCGCCGCCGCCUCCGACGCCGCCGCGCACAUCCCACCCGCGCACCACAAGAUCCCCGACGUGCCGCGCAAGUACACGUACGCGCAGCGCGACCGGGACGUCUUCUGCUUCGGGUGGUGGGAGUUUCAGUACUUGCGCGAUCUGACGGACCUGGGGAAGCCGCUGAGCUCGGAGUACUACUUGGGGAUGAUGGCGAAAGAGAAGGACCUGGUGAUGAUGCCGGGGACGAGGCCAUAUCAGGAGACGAGGGCGUGGCGGCUGGGGUGGUGCGAUGACUGGUAUCUGACUACCCACCCGAUGCGCAAUGGACAGCGGUCGUGCCGGUCGUGGACUUAAAGGUGUCCGCUUCGAUUUGGCUGUCUUUCCGCUAGAUAUCUAUGUUCUGUAGCCCGCACUCACGAUCAUGUAGCAUAUUAUGACCCGUUUCUGUGCAAUGUUAUGCUUCACCAGUA